ACAAAUGUCGGUAAAUUAUUAAUGCAACAAUGCUCUAGUACGCUGAAGAAAAUUUCAUUGGAACUUGGUGGUAAUGCUCCGUUUAUAGCGUUCGAUGAUGCAAAUGUAGAAGCAGCUGUUGAAGUAAGCGGAUUCAAAGUCGGUAGUGGAUUCGACCCUCAAACCACUCAUGGGCCAUUGAUCAAUGCAAAAGCAGUUGACAAAGUUACACGUCACAUAGAAGAUGCUGUUGCAAAAGGUGCCGAAAUUCUUGUCGGUGGUGUCCGACGUAAUGGGAAUUACUUUGAUCCAACUGUUUUAACAGGAAUGUCAGCAGACAUGAUCGUUACAAAUGAAGAAACAUUUGGUCCAGUAGCUGCAUUGUACAAAUUUGAUAAAGAUGAAGAGGUUAUAAAAUUAGCAAAUAAUAGUCAAAUGUUGGCAGAUGUUGGAAAAUAG